CUUGAACUUCCCGCCAACAACGAUGAACUAACUGAACCUUUUACAACUCACCUACAACAUUCACGAAGUUUCACCAUGGCAAAUAAAGCGCCAUUCAAGACGACCUUCGAGGCGAGUGAAGUAAUUCGGCCAAUCUUCACCGGUGGUUCGGUCGCAUUAGAGAAUGGCGCACGAAUUCUAGCGACAACCUUAGGGGAGGAUGCGAUACUGACAGACAUAAAAACGGGUAAACAUAUUACAACAGUGGAAGGGGUUCGUAUUUGAUCACUACAUAUAUUUGGUUGGCGAAAUAGGUACUGACACGUAUACUAUAGGAUGGCGAAUUAAUAUCAACUCUAACAUUAACCCCUUCGGGAUCCCACCUUAUCAUAUGCUCUCGGUCGCUAUCUAUGCGAAUAUUUUCCCUCAAGAAAUCGAACGAUAUGAUAGAAGCUCAAUUGGUACGAACGCUGAAACCUCACACCACCCCCGUCGUGGUUCUGGCUGUCGAUAGAACCAGCACGCUCCUUGCGACCGGAGGAACCGAUGGAUCUAUCAAGGUCUGGGACAUCAAUGGUGGUUAUGUGACACAUACCUUCCGAGGCCCGAGCGUACUUGUAUCUGCCCUCCACUUCUUCGAACUCGCCGCAAACCCCGCACACACCUCGGAGCAAGAUGCGUCAAAGGACAAGAAGAAGAGGAAGAAAUCUAAAGGGGCGGCCGAAGAUGACGAAGAUGAUAUACCUUCAACAGCAAAAUUCCGAUUAGCCUCUGGAAGCCAAGAUGGAAAAGUUCGCAUAUGGGAUUUACAUAAAAGGAGUGUCGUAGCGAACUUGGACUCACAUGUUUCUGAUGUUCAAGGGCUCGAUUAUUCUCCCACCCAAAAUACGCUGGUAACUGCUGGUAGGGAUAAGACGAUUAGAUGGUGGGAUACAAAAUCCUGGAAAGUACGAAAAGUUAUUCCCUGCUUUGAACUCGUCGAAGCGGUCGGUUUUGUCGGGGAUGGUCAAGUUACCUACACUGCUGGAUCGAAUGGGUGUUUGCGACUAUGGGCUACCGACAGUGGCCGGGAACUUACAAAAGAGCAAGCAGCAAAACCAGAAACUGAAGCUUUUGUCAGUGCCAUCUACCGAACAGACCUACCAUUUGUCGUCUGCGUCCAAGUCGAUCAUACUUUAUCUCUUUACGAAAUCCCUUCCGAAGCCCACAAGCUAUCCCAAAUCCCGCCGCCCGAACCAUUUAGACGAAUCUCGGGUACCCAUGACGAUAUCAUCGAUUUGCGAUACUUACUACCUGACCAUUCUGCGAUGGCGCUAGCGACAAAUUCUGAAGAUAUUCGAAUAGUCUCAGUAACCGAACCGAAGUCUGGAACAAAACCUCUAGUUUCUUCCGAAUAUUUCGGGCAGGACAUCGCCCUCCUCAAGGGUCACGAUGAUAUUAUUAUAUCCCUCGACGUGGAUUGGUCUGGACACUGGGUUGCCACGGGCGCGAAAGACAACGCAGCGAAGUUAUGGCGGAUAGACCCGGCUAAUAGCUCUUAUACUUGCUGGGCGACAUUCCCAGGCCAUGCUGAAUCUGUCGGAGCCGUAGCACUGCCUCGCAGUCGACUGGUAGAAGGUUCCAAGGCGCACGCGGAUCCAUUAAGUCAUCCGCCAGCGUUCCUAAUUACGGGAUCCUCCGACCAGACCAUCAAAAGGUGGGAGAUACCACGAGAGCCGCAACAGGGCGCAAAAGCAACCAUUAGAGCUAUUUACACGCGAAAGGCUCAUGACAAGGACAUCAAUGCUAUUGACAUCAACCAUGCAUCACGCUUAUUUGCCUCGGCGUCGCAAGAUAAAACGGUCAAAAUCUGGUCCAUAGAAGAGGGAGAAGUCCAAGGAAUCCUUCGGGGCCAUCGUCGAGGUGUGUGGUCUGUUAGCUUUGCACCUCCUAGUACACCCGUACUUCAAGGUGAGCAAGGUUCUGUUGCUAGAAAAGGCGUUGUGCUCACGGGAAGUGGUGAUAAAACCGUCAAACUAUGGAAUCUCACAGACUAUACAUGUUUAAGAACGUUUGAAGGCCAUUCAAACACCGUUCUUAAAGUGGUCUGGCUUAACAUCCCCCCAGCUGAAGAGCGCAGCAAGAAACCCAUAUUGUGCGCAAGUGCUGGUGGUGAUGGUCUGGUGAAGGUGUGGGAUGUUAAUUCAGGCGAAAACGAAUGCACGUUAGAUAACCACGAAGAUCGCGUUUGGGCACUCGCAGUACAUCCCGAGACGAAUAUGCUUGUCUCCGGUAGUGGUGACUCUACUGUUACCUUCUGGAAGGAUACUUCGAGCGAAACACAAAUCGCUACGAAUGAGGCAGCGCUAAAGCGCAUCGAACAAGAACAAGAGCUUGAGAAUUAUGAAUACGUUGGUGCUUACCGAGAAGCUAUCACAAUGGCGCUUCAACUCAACCAUCCCCGUAAACUACAGAGCCUCUUUGAAAAGGUCGUCAAUUCGAAAACGCCGGAUGCCGGAAGUCUUUCGGGUCUAAAGGCUGUCGACGAAGUAUUAACUUCACUCUCCGACGAACAGCUAUUUUUACUUCUCUUACGAUUGCGAGACUGGAAUACCAACGCUCGGACAGCGCCAAUGGCCCAACGUAUCCUAUGGACACUCAUCAAGAGCUACCCAGCAUCGCGCUUCUCCAGCCUAUCGGUCAAGGGAGCUAGAGGCCAAAAGAGCUUAAAAGAGGUCCUAAACGCGCUUAAGGCAUAUACCGAGAGACAUUACAAGCGCAUGGAAGAGUUGGUUGAGGAGAGUUAUCUAGUGGAAUAUACCCUGCAAGAGAUGGAUAGUCUCGCGCCCAGCUUAAGCGACAUGAAGUUGGUGGAAAAUGGCGAUGUAGAUAUAAUAAUGACAUGAUAUGAUCCAUCAAUAUUUAUAGGAUAUCGAAUAUCACGUUAGGAUUAUCAUCAGAUGCAAUUAUAUCUAAAUGACGAGGACAUUCGUAUGUGUUCGCCGUACUUUUUGCUACUCGAAUGAUGUUGUACAGAAAUACCGAAGUACUCGAAGGAUUCGAAAGCUACCUCGUAAUUAUGAUCUCAGUCAGCCAACAUUCUACGCGUCCGUAUAAA